AGCUGUUGUAGAAAAACACUGCAAUAGUCAUGGCAACCAACAGUCACCUGGGUGACUCAAAGUGCCGCGCCUUGUCUGAACUUCAGAAAAGGGAGACAUGUUGUCCCAGAAAACCGUGAGCUGUGAGCUGAUCUAACAUGAUGCCUGCAGCUAAAGGCAUGUCCCACAUGAUACCCAAUCAUGUUCUGAGAGUGGGUCAAACUAUCCGCCUGGACCCUGUGCAAGAGACAGUUCUCAAGGAACCCAGCAGCAACAAUGAUGACCUUGACAUUUCCCUGGAUAAUCUCAACCAGCUCAUGCUGGAUCUUGAUCCGACAUUUGAACCGAUUCCGGUCAACAACAGUCCCUCAUGCAUCAGCCCUUCCACAGAUGAUUCCUGCUCAGAUGAAGAUGUCUCCCAAUACACUUUGGUCCCUCGAGGAUGCCAUCCCUGCUCCUCACCUUCUGUGGCCUCAUGUGUGUCCCCGAGUAUUCCCAUCCCUACACAAAGCCGUAUUAGCUACAGUCCACAGGGAGCACUUGUGUUUUCCAGCUCCCCUACGUCCUCACUGCCUCCGCUGCCGGGUGGAAGUGUACUCCGACGAAAUCCUACACCAAGGUCAGACACAGGAUGCCUGAGAUUGUCACAGCCCAACAGAAACAGUGUCACCUCGCUCCUUUCCAUGUCAACAUGUUCAGACACCAGCUACAUCCUUGGCAGCAACCUUUCACUGACCAGUGAAGAUGCUGACUUUCCAGAGUCCAUACUCUCUCAUACACCUGGCUCCUUCAGUGAUGGGUCGAGAAUGAGGACUACAGACAAUAUGCACAGCCCAGAGAAGCCCCCUCUGAUCAGGCGAGGGCAUCUACAAGAGCAGUAUGGCACACAGAGCAGUCCUGCCUCACUGUCUGGGUCUUUCACUGAUAUUCCUGUACUGCUUGUCAACGGCACGCCACAAAGCCUCCAAUCACUUGGACCCGGAAUUGACUUAACACAGAACCUAACUGUGUCCAACUUGAAGCCACACAGUAUCCAAGCCCGUUUUAAUGGUAGCCAACCGUCAAUGAAGUUUGUCAUGGACACCUCAAAGUUUUGGUUCCGUCCACAUGUCACCAGAACAGAAGCUGAAGCACUGUUAAGAGAUAAGGAACCAGGAACAUUCGUGGUGAGAGACAGCACUUCCCACAGAGGCAGCUUCGGUCUGGCUAUGCAGAUCGACCAAACGUCUGCCAACUUAAAUGUUGGCGCCUACCAAGGAGAGAACAGCCCUGAUCUCAUCAGACACUUCCUCAUUGAAUCAUCAGCGAAGGGCGUGCGCAUCAAAGGCUCCUCUCAGGAACCAUACUUUGGUAGUCUCUCUGCGUUGGUUUACCAGCACACCAUUUCUGCUUAUGCUUUACCCUGCAAAUUAAUACUCCACUCCCAAGAUUUGAGUGCUGCAGAUACAACAUAUGAUAAAAUAGAAGCUGAUGACAAGAGAAAAACAGCUUCCAAUUUCAUCUACCUGAAUACCGUACCCACUGAGAUGUUAACAGGCCCCUGUGCAGUGCAGAAGGCUGUGUCCUCCACAUUUAGGAAGGCCCCGGGCUCCUUCACACCAACCAUAGUGAACAUGAAAGUUUCCCUGAAGGGUGUUACACUGACAGAUAUCAACAGGAAGCUCUUCUUCAGACGCCAUUACCCUGCUCACCUGCUCAGCUAUAGUGGUGAAGAUCCAGACAAUCGAUUGUGGGUGAGGGGUUCCAGUUUUGGUGCAAGGAUGUUUGGUUUCGUUGCCAAAGGUGUGGAAGCUGGUAUGGAGAAUGUAUGCCACGUUUUUGCAGAAUAUGACCCCCUGCAGCCCUGCAACAAACCCAUUGAAAUUAUUCAAGCAGCCAUAGCUAAGCUAUAGGCACUCAAGAAGUGAGACUGCAAGAUACAGUAUGAGGUCUUCAGGGCCUCUCUACAAUAUCUUACUCUGUACCUAAUAUCAUGUAAUCUGAGCUGGUGUUCAUAAAAAGCAUCAUACUGCUGUUACUAUAUUAGAUAAGUAGCUGAAGACUUUGGGACUGUCAAAGUUACAUUCCAACAUUUUGUCAUACUGCUUAAACAAAUUCAACACUGUUGAUGCCGUACUUAGUUUAAAUGUUUCUAUGCAAAAUAUUUUUGCUGGAAAAAUACUCAUGUAUAUUGAAGUCUAAAUCUGCACUAGACUGGAAGUAACAAACCUUGUAAAGUCAUGUCCUUUCAUUUCAAGCAAAACAUUUGCAGAUACUCUCAUUGUAUAUUUCAGAUUGUAUUUAUUUUACUGCAUUGCACUGUUAGAAAAAAACCUGUAUCUUUUGUAAAUUCCUGUACUUGUUCAAAAUGUUAUGAUGGUAAAUAAACAUACUGACCUGCUUAA